ACGCAGAAGAGCAUUUGUUGAGGAGGCCUUCGAAGUAGUUUCUUUGUUUUCAUUAUUUACAAGGCUCUUUAUCUGACGCUAAUGUAAUGAAACUGUUUUAAUUGUCGGUUUCAGUAUUCAGAGACACAACUUUAGGAAUUUAUGCCCUUAGUUAACGGGAGUGUUCUCGUUUUAGACACUGAUCACCACACACAAUGUGUUCGAGUUCAGUUGGACCAUGAAUCAAUGGACGUAUAAGUAAGUUCGUGAUGAAUCUGUAUCCCCCCUUAUACAGGUCCGUGGUUGGACGAAGUAACUUUGGAUGUUGUAAAUUAUUGGCAAAUGUGUCGGCGUGUCGACUGUUCAAAAUUCUAAACAUUAUGCAGCUUUCAACUAUGUUUUUCAUUGCGAAGUUUUGAACUUUUGGACUGUACCUGGAUCAUUAAAUCGUUCACAAAUGUCUGCUCUCAAACAACUUGUAACUCGCAGGAGUGAAUUGCAUAGGUUAAAAUACCUAGAGUCAUUCGGCGAUAACGACGAUGGGGUCUGGUUUGAGUUGAAUGAUGGCAUAAAACAGCAAGAAGAUAACCAUGAAUUGCAAAGUGAACCUGGUGAACAAUCAGCACUCAGAUCAACAAAUCACGUUGAGGGAAAAGGGGCAAGUCAUGACUCUGUUGAUAUGGCAAUAAAGGGUGCCAAAGACGUUUCACAUGGAAUAAAAAGACCUUUCACUACAGAUGGAGAUAUGGUGUAUAUUUUCAGCUGGAUUGACAUUUUGAUAGCUGUGGGUUCCAUUAUUGUCUUCAUUGUGGACAUCAUCACUGAUAUUAAGCUUGCAGUUGAAUAUUACCGUGAUUCUCAGUGGACAACAGCAGGAGUUACCACAGCGUUGAUUGUGAUUCCAUCGCUUAUCACUUGUGGGCUUAGUUUGCAUUGGUACAUCAUUGAUUUCAAGAUUGAGGAACAGGUGAUCCUUAAAUCAAAGGAAGUACAAAAGCGUGUUUAUGCAGCGUCGGAGAAGCUGUGGUUUUGCAGGUUUUUCUUUACUGUGCUUCAACUUGGACCGCUUGUUAGAACUGUUGAGUACUUCUAUUAUGGAUGCAAAAGCCGCUCCAAGAAUAUCAGUGAACAAGACAAGAAGCGAUAUUUUCGAUGGAUGCUGUAUGAAGAUGUUGACAAUUGCUUGCUGCGUUUGUUUGAAAGUUUUCUUGAGUCAGCCCCCCAGCUUUGCUGGCAGCUGUAUAUUUUUGUAAAGACAAAACCUGAAGAUGAUGUUAUAGGAGAAACCACACGUGCUGUUGCAUUGCUGUCAUCUUGGGUAAGCUUGGCUGUGUCUCUAGUCUCCUACCACAGAUCUUUGCGCUUCUCGCGAGAUGACAAAGAGAAUCUGUCCUUGCGUAGUCUACCUUUCUACUUCGCGUGGCGUGCAUCAGAAACCGGUGGACGUGUCCUGUGCAUUGCUUUGUUUGCUUCUGCUUUUGACCAGUGGGUGUUUGCCUUCCUCCUGUUACACUGGGUGAUUGCCUCUGGAUGGCUUAUGAGUCAGCACACCACCUUUUAUGAAAACAAGCGUUGUCUGGAAAAGGCUUUCAAUGUCAUCUGUGGCUAUGUCAUGCUUUUCUGCUUUCUCAACCUGCGGGAAGGCCACACUAGGUUCCGAUACUUACUGUUUUACUUCCUCUUCUAUGUGGAAAACUUUGUCAUGCUGGCUUUCUGGUUCCGUUUUACACGAGACCUGGGCACUUGGUUCCACAUCUGGGGUUUCAUCGUGGUCCUCAUUUUAUUUGUUCUGCAUGUAGGUUCACAACUACUUUAUUAUGUCUAUUUCCACCCCACUCACAGCAUCAAGUUUUGCUUGCCUUGUGACAAAUAUGUAGUUUACAGUUCCAUCUGCUACGAGGUUCAUCCUGAUACAGAUGAUGCAGUAGAAAGUCCAAAUGAGCAUUACACAAGAAGAGAGAUGAGCCAUGGGGACGAAGCAGAUCCAAAGUUACCAAGGCGAAUUAGCAGGCUUGAGGAGGAACAUGAGAGUCUUCAAGAAGUUCGACCUGUCAAGAAACGUGUCCAAAAGAAAGUGUCCUACCAAGAUCAAAUUUCCUCCUCUUAUUCUGAUGCUGAAAAUAGCAAUGCAGAAGGUAAAGCCUUCAUCUAAUAUAAGGUUUCUAUAGUAUUUCACCUUUGUGCAACAAGAAUUAACCAAAAACUAUCAUCUGUUCUCAUCAGAGGUGUGACAAGAACUAUAUGGAGUUAAAUGUAGGCAAAACAAAAGAAGUAAACAUGGACUUUAGGAGAAUCAAAGAGGAUUUUGUUUUACCCAGUGUGAUACGCAGUAAAUCUGUUGAAACUCUUUCAGGUACCUUGGUAAACAAUUUUUGAUUUCCAGCUCAAAUGGAAUUUAAGCACCGAAAACAUGGCCAACAAAGAAUGUACCUUCUGCAUUAGCUAAAUAGAUUUUUAGUUAGUCAAGCAAUCUUAGGCCAUUUCUGCCAGUCGUUUAUUGAGUCUUUUAUCUUUUUCAUUUGUAUGCUGGUUUUGCAAUCUCUUUAUCCAUGUUUGAAAUAGUCUGAACAGUAUUGUCCACAUCUGUUGUAAGAUGAUUGGUAUCAAACAGAGGGAUUUAGCUUCUUUCUGUGAUCAACAAAUAGUAAGGAAAGCUUCACGCAUUUUAUCAAUACCUGAACUUGUACAAACGAGAGAAUUUGUAUUAUUAAGCUGAGGUAAAUGCUAUGCCAUGCCUAUACAUAAAAGCAAUAGGCACCUGAAAUCAUUUGUGCCAUCUGCAGUCCAGCUGCUCAACCUCAGAUGAAUGUCAGUGGUGUGUGUGGUUGUAGGUGCGCACAUGAAUAUCCUUGAUGUAAGUUGUUUUGUUUAUGUACACACACAAUUGUCACUUGC